AGGGAAAUUUGAUGGUCGACACCGCCUGCCUCCCAGCUUGACAUUUAAUUCUGUUAAUUGGAUUUAAUCAUGUAAACAGAAUUCAGAGAUAUCCAAGGCAAGAAACUCAACCAUAAUCGAUCAUAGUCACAGACAUUUCUUCUGCUUUUAAGAAUUCCUGGUUAAUUAAUAUGGAAGACGUUAAUACUUCUGAUAAAACGGUUUUUAACGAUGUCGAUUCCGUUCCAGAGACAUUCAAUGGUGAGAAGCCUUCAUGCGAAGAAGCAUUCACGGAUCAGAGAAAUAUCACGGAAUAUCGCUGCGAUAUUUGCAGUAAAACCUUUUUUUCAGAACAUGAAUUAUUCACACACACAGAAAUACACAAGGUAAAAGUUUUCCGCUGUGAAGUCUGCGGGAAAGCCUUUGUUUCGAACAGUAAGUUAACCAGACACAACUUGGUACACACGGGAGAAAAAUCCUACUGUUGUGAGAUAUGUGGGAAAUGUUUUGCCUCCAACGGCGAUUUAAACAGACACAGAAGAAUACACAUGGGGUCGAAAUCGUUCCAGUGUCUCAUUUGUGAGAAGUCUUUUGUCUCGAACAGCGACUUGACAAGUCAUAAUCGAAUUCACGCAGGAGGAAAGACUUUUCACUGUGAAGUCUGUGGGAAAUCUUUCAAUUAUAAUUCGAAACUUGUUAUCCACAGACGAAUACAUACUGGGGAAAAACCGUAUCACUGUGAAAUCUGUGGGAAAUCAUUCGUCGGCAAUAAUUACUUGACAAGCCACAGAAGAAUACAUAACGAAGAGAAACUGUUCCACUGUCAGAUAUGUGAACGAUCGUUCACGAAAAACUCGAAUCUUGUCACCCACAUUCGUAGUCACACCGGAGAAAAACCUUUCCGUUGUGAAAUAUGCGAAAAGUCGUUUGUGUCUAACACCAAAUUAAUGACCCACAAAAGGGCCCAUACUGGGGAGAAGUCCUUCCACUGUGUAAUAUGUGGGAAGUCUUUCGUUAAUAACAGUAAUUUAACAAGGCAUAAAAUUAUCCACACGGGAGAAAAACCUUUUCAUUGUGAGACAUGUGGCAAAUCUUUCAAUUAUAAUUCGAACUUUGUUGUCCACAAACGAAUCCAUACAGGGGAAAAACCCUAUCAUUGCAAAGUGUGUGGGAAAGCUUUUAUCGAUAAUAGUUAUUUAAUCAGUCACAAACGAAUACACAACAGGGAAAAACUGUUUCAUUGCGAUAUAUGUGAAAAGUCUUUUUCUAAUAAUUCGAAUCUUGUCAUCCACAAACGAAGUCACACUGGGGAAAAACCCUAUCACUGUGAGGUGUGUGGGAAGUCUUACAUGAAUAAUUCCCAUCUUGUCACUCACAUCCGCAGCCACACGGGAGAAAAACCGUACAGCUGUGAGGUCUGUGGGAAAUCUUUUAUCACCAACAGUCACUUAACAAGACACAAACAGAUCCACACCGAACGGAAGCCUCUUAAUCGCGAAACACCAGAAAUGGUCUUGCAAAUGUAAAUUUCUAGUCCAACAUUGUGUUAUUUCGGAUAUUUUUUAAAAUG